CUGAAUCAGGAACCAUGAAUUUGAGUCGGAUGUAUUUUUAAGCUUGAGUCAUGCUAAAUAAUAGUAUUCAUUACUCGAGUUGAAAUCUAAAUCGAAUAUUCUUUGGCUUGGUUUCGAGUCGGAUAUAAUUUUGACACCUCUAAUUAAAGACAUCAUUAUAAAUAUUACUAGGUGCCUUCGCACAGCAAUAGGCAAAAAAGCUAGCAAGUGAGAGAUUUUUAAAACCUUCCUCACCCCCUCUCAAACAACCACCAAAAAAAAAAAAAAAAAAAAAAAAAAAAAAAAAAAGAGAAAAAUGGCGAAUCCCUUCGGUCAAGUGGUUGAUGAUGACAAGUUAGAUGAGAUGCCUAGAUAUGUAGACGAAUUCAAAAGCCAAGAAGAUAGAGCAAGAGAAGCAAUGAAUCUGAUCAAUGAGUACGACAAGAACGUUAAGGCCAGAAAGUAUGUUGAUGGUGUCAAGAGCGAUUAUGGUAAUGGAGCCUCCACAUUGUGCAUGAUUUACAACGCUACUGGUGAAACUCUUUACUAUUCCACAAGUAAAGAUUGGUACGGUUACAUUGGCCGGACCCCGUACCCUUUUGAGAUCGGGAACGGCCAAUGGGCAUCCUUCCUCCAUGUCCAUAAGACUAGUGCCUCCUCCGGGUCCGAAGCGGCCGUGGUGUUCCGUGGUAAGAACAAAAGUGGACAAUCCCGUGACUUUCUAGUCGCUUGGGAUACCCCAUGGUCUUCUUUUAAAAAAAACAAGGCUUACAGUGAUGUAGGUUCGGUUGGGAGUUUCAAUAGUCGUUGGAAUGAUGUAGUAAAGAAUUUGGAGAAUAGUGGAUAUGACCAAGUGACCAACAGGGAUGGCGUUAAAAUUGAGGUUUCUACUGCUACGGGGACUUCUCCGGUAUUCACAGCAAGAAUUAUAACCCCUUACAGUCCAUGACCAUAAAAAUAAAAUUACUUCUUGUAUUAUUAUAUGUAUUACUUCAUAUUUAUGUUGCUUUCCUAUAGUGUUAGUAAUCUAUUAUGCAUGGAGUGAGUAUGAGAGAUCGAGGUGAUGGAAUAAUGGCAUCGUUCUAUUUAUUUAAUGUCUUUGCUAAAAAAAGCAAAUUAUGAGCGAGAGAUAUGAUAAUGGUUAUUAUUA